AUGAACUUAACAACAGGCAAUGGAUCGACCGAGUCUUCCAGGUGCACCAUGAUCAGUGAUACACCGUCAAGAAUAGGAAAAACCAUCUAUUUAGGUCUGAUCCUAGCUGUUUCGUUGGUCGGAAAUUCUCUCAUUGUAACGAUCGUGUAUAAAACGCCAACCUUGAGAAAACCGAUAAACUACUUUAUCGCAAACAUGGCCAUAUCAGAUUUGCUGUAUCCAAUAUUCUGGCUGCCUUGGCACAUGUCAGAGCUACACACUAAUUAUUCGUGGCUUAUAGGCGGCAAGUUUGGCCAGGCCUUGUGUAAGCUUCUUCCUUUUCUUGGGGACGUUUCAACUGUCGUUUCAAUUCAGAAUCUGAUUCUGAUAGCGGUGGAUCGAUUUGGAGCUGUGGUAUUUCCACUGCGUUCACCACUCAUCAGAUCCAAGCUUUGUACCUUCUUCAUUCUCGCCACGUGGAUAGUCGCAGUAGUUGUCAAUUUGCCAUAUUCGUUCGCCUUUAAAGUCGUUGAAGACUCAGGGGAAAUGUGGUGUUGUUUAGAAUGGGAAAUAGCAUUCGGAGAGUCCUUGCCCUUUGCCAAAUUUAUAGUAGCUUACUACAGUCUGUUUAUAUACUUACCUGUUAUGUUGUUAGUCACUCUUUACUCCAUCAUCCUUAUCAAGCUCAAGACACAGACACACCCGGGUGAACAGUCGGCCAACAAUCAACAACAGUGGAACAGAAGAAACAGAAACGUCCUCCAAAUGUCCAUUGCUAUCAUUUUAGUCUUUGUGUUUUGCGUGUUACCUCCAACUGUUAUCAUUUUAAUUAGAGAGUAUUACUGGUCCAGUUCCUGGAAUAUACCUCGUAGUUUUGACAAAUACUCUCAUGUCACCUUUUAUAUAAAUUCUGCCUACUGUGCUGCCAACCCCAUUGUCUGCUUCAUAUUUAGUAGUAAUUACCGACAAGGUCUUAAAAGAUUCAUAAACUGUUGUACUUUUGCCCAGGCGUAAAGUUGUUAAUGUUAGUGCAUGGUAUUUGCGUGACUGUAAAACGUGAAAGCGGUCUAGAGUUUUCAUUACAGAUAAAACUUGAAAUGACUAAAUAAAUACUUGCCUUGGUGUUGUUUUCUGUCGUUCUACGAAGUUUCUGCUCGAUUUGAGCGGUAUCGCCAUCCGACCUAACGGUGUCGUGAUCGUUUUCGUUCGCGUAGCCUUGAAGUAUUCUAAAAUUCUCCUCCCUUUCCUCUAAAACCAACGUUUGGUUCAAAGGUAUCUCACCAUGCACCCGACUUCCUUACAGUUUACUGCUCUUAGUAACAGAGCCUCCGAGCGGAUGUUGCUCGUGGAUAUAUACCCGGGCUCCAGAGCUCAGUUCUCAAAAUACCGGAUAAAUUGAGAAAUAAAACGUAUUCACGGUUUGAUAAACCUUCCGCGUGCCUCGCUGUUACGGCUUUGUCGCGAACCAUCAGAAAUUAGGUAGACAAAAAAACAGAGCAUCUCUAGGGUAGGACCGCUGUUGAAUCGUUUAUCAAGCAUGGACAGUUUAGUGAGUAGUACAUGAAACACGUCUUCAAACCAGGUAUGGUGGCAGUGCAACAUUCUUAAUCCGGGCGAGAGCGGAUUGUUACUUAUUAAAUCGUUUUCAAAAAUGCCAAUUUGUGUUGACGAGUGAUGGAUGCUAACGUUUUUUACAAUUUUUUGCUCUGGGGGGCGUUUUCAAACGUUGCGUUUUCGGUGACCGUUUCCAGUCAUCGGAUACGAGUAAGCCUCGGGAAAUUUCAGACAAAUAUUUAUCUACAAAAUGAAACCGAACCGACACUAAUUUUGUAGUGGUAAGAGAAACGAUCAUUUUUUAUAUUUCCCCCUAAAUAUUACCGAUCACUUCCUCUGCAAGCUGGUUUAUUCUUUCAAAAAAGUGUGCCUCAUGACACAUCAGUCUGAGGACUGACUCUUCUUCGAACCUAGCUUAUACUUGCAUAGCACCUCAGUUUCAAGGAAAUAAUCCUUUCAACAGUAAGAGACCAAGAAACUGUCAAAUGUUGGAAAAAAAGGAAUCCAUUCCUAUCCAAAAUACGCAUGAUUUGCUCGUUGGCACUCUAUCGAUAGGUAUACCUAGUAUUUAUUUUGAAAUGCCAAAUUGCGUAGUCGAUGGACGUAUAUUCGAAGACUUAAUUUGACACACCUGCUGGAAAUUAGUUGUUUUAAACACAUAUAAGUUCAGUUAAUUCAGACAAACAUAACAGCGUGAAUUUUAUAGUUAAUAUACUAAUUCCACCAAGCCCAGAUGUCCUGUCUCCAAUCCGUUUCAGUCGACAUUGCGUUUGGAGAGCACAACUCGGUCGAAAAGAUCGGAUAUUCUUCAGAUCGUCAAAAACUUUUUUUCUUUUAAGAUGGCUCGACCCCGUUUCUCAGUAUCCAUACCUUGCCUACUCUCUUCGAACACGAACUACAAAGAUACAAAGCAAAGGCUUAUAGGACUCAUAGACCAUAUAACCGCCAUGAGUUACACUGAUGAUGCAUAAUUUUUGUCAAAGUGUUUUCAAGAAAACUCUGGUUGAAAUUUCUGGCUGCUAGAAAGUCAGGAAGCGGAUGCGAAAAAGUUCCCAGAUCUAUUGAAAGUAAUUAUUCUUCUCGUUUUGUUUCAGGUGCAAUUGACGGAGGCUUCAGCAAAUGGUCAGCUUGGAGCGCAUGCUCAGAACCUAAAUAUUGUUUGCAAGGUGUUUCGAAACGAACGAGAACUUGCACCAAUCCUUCUCCUGCGAAUGGUGGAGAUGGGUGCGCUGGGUUGGUAGUAGAGAACAAGGAUUGCCCCACUCCAGAAGAUAGCUGCACAGGUAACACAGCAAUGGCUGGAAGUGGUGGCCUUUACGUUCAGUUUAAACCUCUUUACUGAACAAUCGUAUUAAAUAUAGUGUAGCAUAAAACUUAUUGUAAAUAUGGUAAUGUUAAUCAUUUCAGCUGCCCUUGCUUUGCGUUCUACGUUACACAGAACCGUAACAAUCUGUUACUAACCAUUCCUUAAUUUAAAGUACAGUUGGUAACGCUCUACUUACGGCCGUCUUUACAACACCCCGUUAGGGUUGUAAGUAGAAUGUUUAUAUGUUUCUGUACUCCCAUAAGUGGGCAUCGCAUACUUAAGAAAAAUCUUUUUAUGAUUGUUCUCUGAUAACUAAGGUAAGAAUAAGGUUUGUUGGUUAUUAUCUAUAUGCCGGAUAAGACAACUUAAUAAAAAAUAAAUUAGUACUAAAAUGCGGUGAUGCUUUUCAGUACUCAGUGUAAGAUGUGCAAUAUCUCGUGCGGCAGGCACCGUUACUAGAGCAUUUCCUUGAGCAGUCCGCUCCAGUGACGAACACUUGUUUGCUUCCCGAAGGCAAUUCUUUUGUCGUUGUAAUUUGUUGUUGCUGUUGUUGUCCGGUUUUGUGUUCUCAAAAUUGUGUUGAAAUGUCGAGACCUUAUAAUUAUUUGACAACACGCGACAAAGAAUGAAAGGCUGAUGCCUAGCCAGCUCCUAACCGCCAUACCCACCCCUCUUGGCACUAAGAAUACCACGUGAUUUGACUCCUUUGUAGUUAACGGCAUGCCUUUCAAUUAAAAGUUACCAGUGCAAAAAAAACUAGGCCUCAAUGUCUCAAGUGAUAUGAAAUGGAACUUUAACGUUGACUCAUUAUCAAGAAAGCUAAUAAGCGUUUGUUUUAUCUCAGCUUAUAAACGCCAUGGCCUAGGUACACGUGCGCUAGUUCAGUUUUUCUGCACUUUCGUUCGCCAUAUGACGGAGUGUGCGCGUCCUGUCUUUCACGACAGUCUUCCUGCGUAUCUCUCCAAUGAACUUAAGGGAGUUCAAAGCGGAGGUCUUUGGUUGAAUCAGGCCUGAUUAAACUUUCAGACCGCCGCCAGGAACUUGUAGACAAACUAUUUAAGGAAGUAGAGAACAAAGAGAAUAAGCUCCACUGCAUUCUCCCUGCUCUUAAUAACUGUAGGUCUAACCUUAGAAACACAAGGAAAUUUAGGCCCGUUUUCAAGACGAACAGAUUUCAUCGUAGCUUAUUGCCUUCACUGCCCUCAAGGCUUAAACUAUGUUUCUAUAGCUUUACAGUUUUCGACUGCUUUUCAUUAUAUUACUAUAUUUUUAUUUUUUAACAAAUCAAAAUUUUAUUGUAGUACAUUCAUAAAGUGUUUUCUACUUUUCAUUUCUUACAUUUUUCUUUAUCAAUAAGCUUCAAAUUAGUAGUAGUAUUUUUAAGUAGUUAUAUUCAGUUGUAAAUAAUCGCCUAAUUCAACCUUUCAGGGUUGCCUGAAUACCGACUCCUUUUAAUACCGGUGACUAUCUAACUAUCAAAAUAACUAUCCAGUUUGCAACUAGAUAUCGACAUAGCAAUUCAGUCUCCUUCCCCCCGCCCCCCUCCUAAAAAAAAAGAAAGAAAGAAAAAGCCUAAAGUUAACUGACUCUUUAUUAUUUAAGUCUAUCAGCCGAGCAAACCAGAUAAAACAGCAGCUGAUCCUACAUCCUGGAUAGCUCUAGAGUGCGGUGCAACCGAGAAGUUCUCAGUCACAGGAGCUUACAAACAGGAUGUUCCCUAUGCUGUAUAUUCAAACUUCGGUUUCAUUAAGAGAGAGUUGGAAAGUGGAUGGUUUGCGAUCAAAAUGGAACCUGACGAUAAAGAUGAUUAUGGACAGAACAAACUUACAAAGGUCAGCUCCUAGUGUUAUCGUUAUUACUGGUUUUACUGUGACCCUUGUCCACGACAUGAAGAAUAAGGAUUGAGAUUGAAACCAUUCAAGUCAACUACCUAAAAAUAAUAAUGGUGAUAAAUCAGGAAUGUAACGUUCUCGCCAAGUUCGCAGUUUUUCGGCGUUCGUGCGAUGGCUUUCGCUCAGUGAUAUUCGCAAAGUGGCACAAUUUGUACAAAAAGCGACAAAAUCUGUUUUGCCCUUUGAUGCUGUAUAAUGCGAGGGUUUUUAGAGUAACUGAAAAAAAUUAUGAUCAACACGUCGCUUGAUAGAUCCAGAAAUCAAAUUGCUUUCGGAGAAGACAUUAGGGCCAUUUAUACGAGGAAAAAUAAGACGCGUCUUACAUAGGACGCGUCUUAAAUAAGACGCGAACUUUCCGUAUAAACGGCACAUUUCGUCUAAAAUAAGACGCGGCUUAGCUUAGACGCGUCUUAUUUUAGAACAGCCCUUAACACCCGUUCUUAGAUAAGACGAAUCUUAGCUAAGACGAGAAAAACUUCGUAUAAAUGACCUUCGCGUCAGACGCGAAGGUCAUUUAUACGAAGGUUUUCUAACGCAUAGUACGCAUGCGCUAAUUUUUGGCGCGCCACGUUGGAUUGCGUUGCCACGGACAACAUUCACAUGAAAACGAGUCAAGAACUGAAGUGAGACGCAAACCAUUUAUAAGAGCUGUUCUCGUCUUAGAUAAGACAUGCUCGUAUAAAUGGUACAGCUCGCGUCUUAUUUUUCCUCGUUAUCCACUUUGCCAAGCGGAUGUCUGUAAAUCAGUACAUACAUGUAGUGGGGUCGAAAACUGCCAUACAAUUGCGUUGGACUUAAGGGGAAUGCAAUCCCUACUCUACAAAAUUCUGUGGUUCUUGCGUACCCUGUGGUCUUUAUAACAAGCUUGAGGUUUUCAUCAUUCUUCUUUCUUUUCAGCGCCAUCUAAUCUGAAAUUUAAUAGCGACAUGGAAGACCAUUGGUCGCGUGCUAGAGAGCGAAAAAAGUUAUCGUUCCUUGUGCCAAAACAAAAUCCUAGCUAUGACACUUAAGAUAUUACUUAACAGUGAUACUGUAUAGAAUUUUGAUGGAUGGAUGAUAAUCAAACCGGCUGUGAGAAACUAGUAAAACUUGAGUUCUUUACAGUUUGCCGACGUUCUAAAACUCCGUCGCCUCGGCUUUGGAAACAAUCGGUUUCACGCAAGGAAUGGUAGGGCUUCUUUUCUGAUGUUUGUGUGACAUACUUCGCGUAAUAGGUGUUCGUAAAACUUUGCAUUUCAUUCUAAAAAAUGUGCUGAUAUUAGGAAAGGUCAGGAAACGGAAUCCCCUUUAAUCAGCGAAAACGUUUCCGUUCAUUUUUCCGUCCACUCAAAAUUAAAAGAUAUCCUCAAAGAUAAAUUUUCGUGUUGGAAAUGUCUUUCCCUGCAUAUCCGAUCAAAAGAUCUCUUACCUCGGAUAAACUUUAUAAUGUACGAUUACUACUAGUUCUCUUGUUCCUUGUUUAGGUCUGUUUUGAGAUAAUCGACCCCUUGGCUAUUCAGAAGAUCGUGGAUAACAAAGCAACAUAUUACGCCAAAAUUGACGUUCUCCCCGAAUGGACCCGUCCCGAACUGACAGAGAACGUUCCGGCUAUUUCCAUUUGGAUUGAUGGGUCCCAUGCCCUGAGGAAAUACGAGUUCCAGUGCUCGGCGGCUGAUAGAUACAGUCCCUUAAGCGGAUUUGAAAUAGUCGAUGUCAGGUUAGUAGGUGAUUUUCAUUAUCGCAUUCGAUCUUAGAAGAAUCCUCUUUUAUAUGGCACAUGCAGCGCAAAGGUAGGGGCUGCAUCUCGCCCUGAGGCAGGAUUCGGGCGGAUACGGUUACUAAUUGAUAUGAGAUGUUAUUCUUUGCUGUACUCAGGAGAAGCUAAGUGUUGAGUGUACUUAGUUGACUGUUUUUCGGAUUCCCUGCAUGGGUAUGGCUUAUCCUUCAUGUAUCUCAUCCAUGACCUAUUGAGUCGAUGACUUCUUUACGAGCAAGAAAUGCUACGUAAUUUGACAAUAGCAGUGACUGGCUAACUUAAAUUGAUUCAAACAUUGAUUUUGAUUAUUAAAUUCCCAUCGAAUUUAACGAAACUUACCAAAACCGCGGCAGGAUUUGCUCAAUCGGUACAUCGUUGAUUGCACAGCGGGAAAUCGCGGGUUCGAUUCCCGGGACCGGACCAAUACUCAGGGUCUUAAAGUAACUGAGAAAUGAGGGUACUCUCUUUGCACUGCCAGAGGCAAGACCUUCGCUUGGCUGUGCUGACCACGUAAAAUGGUGGUCUCGUCUCCAGUUGGAGACGUAAAAAUAGUGUCCCCAAUUAGUCCUUUCGUGCUAAAUACAUUGAAACUCAAGUUAAGUGCUUUUUUUAACCAUUUGGGCUUUAAAGAGAGAAACAGAAUAUCAAUUAAUAAAAACACAAAAAGAAAAGAAAAUGAACAGAAAAGAAUCAGUUGUGGUAAACGAUAAUACCAAAAGAGUGAAUGUCAGCAAGUUUAUAGUUCCAGAGAUCCUAGCCUAACUAUUCGGAAGGGUCGACAGGGUAUUUUUUUAUACGAUCCAGCUCCAUGUUUUAAUUAGACUCGUAUUCAGUCCACCUCUGUAAGAACCCUUAUCGUGGGAAACUUCGACUAUCCCUGCUUUGGUUCUAGAUUUCAAAAUCCCCUUUUUUGUCUUCUAUGAUCUGCCAAGUUAGAAUGAUUUUUCAAACAAAUAUUAAUUCGUACUGACACCACAUACUAUCUCAAUCAAGGCUGGCAGUUUUUUUCCUUCACAUUUUUGUUCUUUUUUUUUUAACUUUGGCUUGCUUGCAUUGUUUAUUGCAAAUUUGCACUCUAAUUUUUUUUUUAGGUUUUCGUAUUAUACAGAGGGAAAUGCUCAGACAUUCAAGGCAAAAGGUACUUACACAUUGACGACUGGAAAUGAUUUUACUACAGAAGUGUGGAAGGAUCCGCAGUCUGAACUGCCAUACGCGAAGGGAACCGCUGGCUCUGCAACAUUUCAAGAUUUGAUGGCCUCCUUUGGUUUAAAUCCCGAAGAUGUCCCAGAUUUCUUUGCCAAUGCCCUUAAGUAAGUCUACUAACUCUGUUUAAAUUAGCAAUAUAGCUUCAUGCUAAACCAGUAUAAAUAAGUAAAUAAAUAAAUAAACAAACUUCAAUUAAAUGCUCUAUGUAACAAUGGAAGCCAUUCCUCUGCGUCAAAGGUUUAAUUAGGUAAAUAAAAUAAAUAAUGAGAGGAUCAAUUGGACAAACGGCGCCGAAGAAAGGGGGAUCUUGGGUUAGAUCAGGAUCAGCGUUGAAAAAUCAAACCACCUAAUUUCAGUAAAAUAACCGUUUACGUUCGUCGACUGACGCUUGAUAAUAAUUCCAUUUCGUAGAAAAGCCGGCCUCUGGGAUUUCACCCUGAAGCCUGUGUCUUUUCACAAGUACUUGGUGAAGUGGGGCCUCUACCGUAUUACAGGAACAUUUGAGAUACAAGGUGUACCAGUUAAUGUGGAGAUUCUGACAGGUGUUAGGUUCUUUCGACCACAAUUUGCUAUCGGAUUUUUCUUCGAUAAGGAAUCAUUCGGCCGGUUGUCUGAGAAACUGUCUGGAAUUAGAGUUGAUUUUCUGGACGCCAUUGGAAUGGAUUUGCAGGUACUGAAUUUUUUAAAAAUUGAAGACCUCUACUUUUAAUGUCGAAAUUCAAAUUUUGCUUAACUUUUUACGGUGGUUACGGUUUCAUUUUUAAUGUUGCUUACUGCUAAAAUUAUUUUGCUGCCUCGCGUAGAUUGGUGUCAGUUUUCUAGCUCCUGAGGUUCUAGGAUUUCAGCCAAUCUACACGGAUGAAGAAACCAAGUUUUCUUUAGAACCACUCCACAGUCUUAUUACAAACGCCAUUCCCGAAGGUAAGGGUAAAUGUCAAUGUAAGAAAAAGCAUUUAACGGCAACGUUUGUUACUGUUUCGCUCUAAGACGGAAGGCACUUCUAUCUAACGGGGAUAAUUUUUCUCCUAGAAGACUUAGGUUGUAGGAGUAGAUAUUUAACGUAGAUCGUCAAUGGAGGAUUUAACGGAGCAAAAAACAGAUGGGGAACUGCCCGCAUAUCAGGUCAUAUUUGGCAUCACACUAAUGACGAACAGAUACUGCAUUAAGGACAAAGACAUUUCAAGAACAAUUAUUUUCUGUAAUUGAUAUACGCCCAUGGGAAUAACUGAAACGUCCAAAGCAUUUCUCUUCCACUGAGUAUGCAUCAAUUUGAUUUCGUAUACAGCUAUUUCGAGAAAGGUUGUCGGAAAAAGUUCACGCGACAAUCCCGAAAGGCAUUGUGGGUGGUUUUAAGUUCACUGUUCUUCAGAGAAAUUUGAAAGAAUUGGCACGAAAAGCCAUGGAAAUGUGUUUGCGAGUGUUAUAGGAAAGCAAAAAAAGUAGGUUCGACAGCUUCAGUUGCCAGGAACAGUGUUUCGAUCAUAUCCCAUAUUACCUUUUUGGAUUGUUGCGUGCACAUUUUUUGCAAUAACCUUUCCCAAAAUAGCUGUAUAUUAAUGGACCACAUCACUUAUUCGGUACUUUGCAUUUUAAUCAAGGUAUCUUUGCUGCGGCCAGCCUUGUUCUUCCGAAAGACUGUCAUAACAACAAAUUCUGUGAAAUUGUGAAGGUGAUUCUUGGACCAACAGUCAGGUGGUACAUAUCUGGACAAUUCCAAUGGAAAAAAAUCAGAAUCGCGACAGGAUUUCGAGAUGUUCGUAUAUGGGAUGGAGUAUAUUUUAAUAAGCUUGAUCUAUACGUUGAGGUACGUCGAGCCUCUUUGCCGAGGCAAAGUCUCUUCACGUCAUCGGGCUACAACAGCCGUCAAAUUCCGUUGAAGCACUAGACUAAAAAUGAGGAUUUUUUAUCUUUUUUUAUCUUUUUACCUUUACAAGCGACUUACCUUACUUUUCUGGUAACCUUAUCCAAGGUUGAGAUUUGCGUUGUUUAAAAAUGGGAAAUAAGUGAAUCAACAUAAGGGAAGGUACAACGUGCAAAUGCUUCAUUAAAUGUGACGAGUAUUGUAGUUCGCUAGAGAUAGAGCAUUUUAUCUUAUAUAUAGUCCUAAUAAAUCAUCCAUUAAGGUACGCUUUUCAUAUGUUUUAGUCUUCGGAGGCACAAACUUCCCCCCCGAAUUAAGGGGCAUAAAGUCGAACAUUUCUGUUUGGCUAUUUUAUAACCAUUAUCAUUAACCUUUUAUCUUCUCUAUAAAAGAAAACAGAAGCAUACGGACUCAUACGAAGUGAUUCGCUAAGAAUUGCACUUUAAUCUAUUUAUUGUGAUUUUUGUUAGGCUGAUUUUAACGAAACCACUACGCAUACCACUAUGGGCUUCCGCGCUGAAAUAAAAAUUCCUAUCAAGGGUGAAAUUGUUCGAGACGGAAUCAAAGCACCAGAAGGAAAUGAAUUGUACCUCUUUGGGGUUUUGGAGUACGAUUUUUUAGAACAACAAGUAUCUGGUAAGCUGGGAAUGCGUGGAAUCUGGAGACAGGCGUUCUGGAUCCCGUGGCUAUCUAUGGGGAACAUUUUUGUUGGGUAAGACGUUUUUGCGCUCCUUUAAUGAAGGUGUGGUAACACAUGAUCUCAUCUCCAUCUUCUAGUCGAAAGCGCGGAUUUCUACUUAUUAUACUACUACAUGAGAAAUUUCUUCAAUUUGAUUGGCUAAGAGCAAUGGUAUUUCAGCUUAAUUUAAAAGUUUGAAGUCUAAGGGUUGAUUUCCACUAUCGCGUAAUUUUAACGUGCUUGUAUACGCACGUAACUUUUACCCGCGUAAAUGAAGUAGAGACAAGCUAUGAAGUCCGUUAAACGUCAAGUUGAGCGAGGUUCAACUUUUACUUUAACGCGCAACCUUUCAUACAUUGCCUCUCUUUUAUCUGCGAACGUAAAUUUUACGCACGUACGCACGUAAGAAUUACGCGACAGUGGAAAUCCACCCUAAUACGUGAUUUGCCUUUGACUGACAGGUUAACAUACAAAGUUGGAGUACCUAUACCAAUUACUGGUGUACAAUUUGGAAUGAGAGUGGAGUUUGGUCACGAAUGCCCAGUACCGGCAGAUUUGUCCAAUGAGGUGCGUUUUUGACUAUUGUUAGUUGUUCUUUCAUUUUUUUGUGGUCAACCGGAGAAUGCUAAGCUCAGUUGGUGUGGUACAGGAGCGGUAUGCUCGGGUUCAAUACUCGGCCGGAGCAACAGUAAGGGUAUUAAAAUAACGGCGGAAAAAGAGCUCGCUUUUGUUUCGCAUCUACAAAGGGUUGGACCUUCAAAAAAGUCUUCGCGGAAAUAGCGCACGGUCUGACAGAGCGUGGAACGCAAAUGAACCACUAUGGAUGUAACAGUCUCUGGCACACCCUAAGUGUCCUUAAUAUGCAGCACUUUAAUUGGAAACCAGAAGUACUAUUUUAACCAUACCAAUGGUGCUGUAUUUAAAUUAAAUUGAAAGACUAUAGCUUACAUUCAGAUUCGUCAUUCAGAAGUUAAUCAACAUUGAGGUAACCUGGACGAUGUACUUUCAGAAGCGGAUCGUUCAGAAAAGUAUCUGGAACUGUCUUUUCGAGUCUUUAGACUGUGUGUUCCAUUUAGACUUGCACCUGAAGCACUUUGCGUUCAGAAACCAAAGAAAAAAUAAUAAUUUAAGAAGACAAGAAAUUGCUGGAACCAUUUGAAACAGGGUCAAGGUAGAGUUAUAGGGAAAAUGUUACAACACUUCUCAGGGAUGUUCAUUAUUCAAAGUUUAACAAGUACCCUCUUGCUGCAAUCCCUGCUUGAACCAUAUGAAAGAAAAAUGCAACGGUUCGAUAGCUUUUUAAAUUUACAUAUCUUGUGAGUAUUUUUUGUCUAUUGAUUUGCUUCAUUACAAGCUGUGUAUAUGCCCUUAUAGUUGUUGUUUUUUCCUGUUUAUGCACACGAACUUAGAAGUUAAAAUUCACUCUCUGUCAUUAAUCGACAGGGUCAUUGUUUCGGCGGUGCUGGAUACGUAGGUGUUGGGGAUCCACAGUUCUUCUAUGCUUCCAUCUCAGCACUCACGUUGGGAAAGAUCCUAAGACUGCUUGGAUCAACUAUAGAAAUUCCGUCUCCAAUAGCAGCUACUGGCUUUCCCGAAGGUGCUAAGGUAAUCUUGAGUACUAGAAAAAAACUUUAUUAAGCGCGUCCAAACUCGGUUGAGUGCCAAACUGCCGUUUAACAGAAGUGAAGAAACAACUUAUAUGUGGAUGUUUAACACGUAGUAAUGAGCGUUUCUUUCACAAGAGUAGCGGCACAAACUGUUAGCUUUUCCAAUGUAAUAUCUUUUUUUUUCCAAAUUAGUGUGGUGGAAGGGGGAAACGUGCGUACCCUGUUAAAGCCAUAUUAAAUUUAAUUGCGUUGGACGAAGUAGGACGCUUGCUAUUCGAGUCCCACGGGAGAUCCCGAGGGUAGCGUUCUGGAUACCACGCGAUCUCAAGGUCUGGGUGCCAUCUUGGACCGGCUGGCACAUUCUGCCUCGAUCUCAUGUGCACAGUUUUUCUUGCCCGGGAACUGGUGUCUAUUUUGUGACACUCGUUCACAGAUGAAACAUGUUCAAACAUGUUUGUGUUUACUACAGUUUUGUUUAUCGUUUUUCGCUGAGUUUUCAAUUAAGUUUGUUUAGGUUUGUUUAAGUUUGUUUGUUUGUGAGUCGGGUUAACCCAGUGUCACACAACAAGAAUUUGAAGUCAUACGCAACCCUUUGACAGCUCAAUCAAUCAGCUGAUCAAUUAACUUUUCAGAUGACUUUAAUUUUCUGUAGCCCAAUUUUUAGCCAAUUUUAUUGACUAUCCUACGGUGCACAAGAAUAUAUUGAGGAUCACAGUCUAUGUUUUACCUUGCAAUUACUUACACGUAGUUUACUUCGAGGUUUAGCCAAGUAAGUGUAAAAAAUACAGAACGUCCUUGCAUUUUGAAGGAAAAUGAAAUACUGUAGGGAACAAAUUAUAAAGUGGGAGGAUAAACAAUAACACUGAUAAAGACAGCUGCUGAUAUUCAAUAGAUAAAAGUGUUUGAUUUUGAUUUCUCAAUCUCACUACCUACCCAUCCCCUUUCCCAUCGAACGCACUCUCCUGAAGCGUAUCAGGAUCAGCUCAGUCGGAAGACUGGGCUUACCUGCGACUUCGUUGGUUCGAAUUCCAGGGUCGGAUCAACACUCAGGGUCUUAAAAUGACUGAGAAAUCAAGGUACUGCCUUUGACCUGUAAAGGGGUAGACCUUGUUCAGUCGCACUUUGUAAUACCUCUCGCACUUUGUAAUGAAAUUAUUGCCCUUUGUCUGCCACGCAGGCUAGAGAACAAGUAAACCCAAUGAUAAGCAUCACCAUCGACAGCAACAACAACAGUAAUAGUUACUGUAAUAUUAAUAAUACAGGAUUUAUCUCUGUUUUUAGUAAUUGAAUUUAAGCAUCACUCUCAAUUUAGCAAUAUAAUACUUUAUCUUAUUAUAUGGCUGAGUCUGUUUUCGCCAUGCGAUUGGUCAAUUUGCGGUCCGUAACUUGCUAUACGGACCAGAAUGUUUAAAGAAAAUGCUCAUUUCGGAGGUCUAAAUCUCUUUACCUCGGAAAAAAUGUUAAAUAAAGUUAUAAGACACCUGUUAACCUUUAGCACUUGGAUGUUGACUUUGGCCUUCAACAUUUUAAACUGUGUUUAUUUGUGAACGAAGGCGAUGAAGAAACUAACUCGUAAUCUUAUCGAAGAGGAUUCUAGUCAGUGUUUGAAAAUUUUAUCGUAGUACACAGUUAAGAAGACGAAAAUCGACUGACAGAGAUUCGAGACUUUUUUCCUAAGAGAAAAUGAGUAAUUCCUUCAACAAAUAUGAUAACAAACAUACCUGCACCCAAUCAUCUUGACCAGCUUCUUUGCCAUUAAUUUGCAGUGUUUUUUCAAAGACCAACGAAAGAAAGAUAGAAGCGAGUUCGAGCCAGACACAAUAAUGUCCAGUUUUCAAAAGACUCUAGCGUCACAUUAACGAAUGAAUACUCACAGUGCUCUUAGUUUCCAUCGAAUAAACUUUGAAAUAUGUAUGUAAACCCUGAGGACUGGGAUGCUGACUUUGCCUUUCAAAAUUUCAACCUGGCUUUUUAAGGGAACGAAGCUGUUGUAGAAACUGAAUCGUAACCUUACCGAGGAAGAGAAUUCUAGUCAGUCUGAAAAUUUUAACGCAGAUCACAAUUGAAGACGAGAAUGAACUGGCAGAAAGAGAAGUUUUCCCAAAAACAAUUAACGAGCGAAUGCUUCGACAAUAACAACAAACUUACCUUGAAAAUCUUCUUUGCCUUUUACAGUGUUUUUUCACAAGACGAACAAACGGAGGAAAGAUGGAAACUACUUCUAGACAGACACAGUGUCCGGUUUCCAAAAUACUCCAGCGUUACAUUAAAGAGCUAAAACUUACAGUGCUCUCAGUUUUGACCGAAUAAACUUUUUUGACAUGGCGAAUUUGUUUUUACUUUCUCGGAAAGCCAUGGUUAUGUGCUAUUGUUUUCGUGCGCCAAUAAAAACUUUCUUUUUUGACACCUGUCAAAUGACUGUCAAAUCGUGCGUCCUGCACUUGUUUCCGGUCCCACAAACAGGAAGAAGCCAUAUAAUAAACAUCUUAUUAGCCUCGUUUUUUCGGUCCGUACUGUAAAUUACGGAUUCUCGUUUUUUUCCAUCGAUUUAUGGCCCGCGCGCUUCGCACUUGGGCCAUAAAUCGAUGGAAAAAACACUCGGUCCGUAAUUUACAGUACGGACCGAAAACUCGGCUAAUAAGAGGUCAGUGUAAUCCAGGCUCUUUAAUAAAUGAUUUGAGAAAAAAAAAUGAAUUUAAAAAUGAGCAAAUGGCAGAUGCUGGGUUCAGUUUUUACCACACAUAAUUGCUCUCGGAAUCUCAUGACUUGCGGAUAUUUUUGCUUUAUAAGCAUCGUUUUAUGCACAGAUCAAUUUUUUCUAAAACGAUUACCUCGCUUUAUGCGGGUUUCAGAUAAAAAGAAUACACUUAAUUAAUUUAAAAUGGCGGAUUCUAGAUGGUGGAUGGUUCCAGACCCUUCUUUAAUAUUGAAUGACGUCAUCAUGACAUCACAGCUUUUGUUUAAGAUAAUUUUAAAUUUUUUUUGACAAUUUCUUGAUUUUGUUGGAUUUUGCGAAUAAAUUUAACAAUAUGAGAUCAUAAUGACAUCAAAUUACGUCAUUCUGUCAAUCAAGUUGUGCCUACAAUCAGCGACAAAAUUGUUGAGACAUUGUACGGAAAUAGGGUAAAUAGGGAUCAGAGAACAAAAGAAUCCGCACCCCUCCCCUGCCCCGUCCAUUCAAAGUUGGGGUGUUUGUUGUUUUCUAUAGGUAGCUCCACUAGGAGACGUAAAAUAGUGUCCCAAAUACACUGACACCCAAAUGAAGUGUUUGUUUCUUUUAUUCUUUUUGAGACAUCAUCUUUUAGGAGCGGUAAAAGGAUGCGUUAUACAUUGCCACCAACUUAAGAUUAAAGUUUGAAAGCGCCUGCAUUUUGCGUCGAGAAACAGGACCGGACCGUCCAUUGCUUCUGCAGGGUGUGUUUAAUUCUAAAGGCGUUUAAAAUCUUUACAGGGUGCGUACGCUACAUCAACUGUUGAUUUGCGAAUUGCCGGAGGUCCAUUGGUCAAAGAAGGUUUCAUGAUUAAUGGCAAGGUCAACAUUCUAGGAUGGGAAAUUUUUGCAUUCAUUAAAUUAUCUGAACAUGUGAGUAUACCUCUGCAAGCCUUUUUUGUGUGCCAAUGUAUUCAAUAGUUACCUUUAAGUGUGCUUCGCAUUUAUUGGAGUUGUACCACAAUAUCGUAACAGCGGGUUGUUCGCUGGUGGUCGAGUUCCGCUAUAUUUUAACUUUUGUCUCCCCCACUACACUUGCAGUCGUUUGGUCUUUUUUUGACAAUUGCUUUAGGAGUCGCUCGCGCUUCUUCAAUGAAUAGAUCAGUCAAGUCUUAAUAUGACUGAAAUCGACUGAAAUACUGUCUUCAGUAAAAGGGUUGUAAAGUUUUGCCUUAACUUUGUCGAAAUGGGCGCCCCCCAGGGCAGCUAAGCGUAUGGUGUUGUAAGUUAAGUCACUGCUCUUCUUUUAAAGCUCCAAGCGACUCUAAAUUUUAGCUAUGUUCUAUUCUUUUCUGCCUUUUUUUAGGCAAUUCUGGUAGACUUGAAGCCCGACCCAAUCAACAUUUUAGGCAUCGCCAAAAUAGUUCGAAGUCCAACCGACAUAAGUCAGGGACCAUGGUUCUAUGUCGUGGGUAAAAAAGAGCCGCUGUUCGUUGAGGUGAGUUUGUUUUGUUUAUCAGGUGGAUGUUUAGACUAUUGAAGUCAACAAAAACCUUGGCUUUCUGUAGCUUAGAUGAAUUGGGUUAAUUGAUGUAUAGUUAGGUGUUCGUCACUGGCAACGGAGUUGCAGAACGGCGCUUGCUACCCUAAUGUUCAUUUUCGAUGGAGUCUGAAGUGGCCAGAAUUGGAACGUCCCCGAUUCGAUGUAUGACUGCGCUUACGAUCCAGUGAAAACUAUAUGGACGCUAGCAGAACCGCAAAAAUUAACCAACACAAUGCCUGAGAUAAAAGCGUAAAAUUGGUAUAUUAUUCCUCUUUUGCUUGCGAGUCCGAAACUUCGCUUUUCACUAGAUCGUAAGCGCUGGAAUUGUAGCGGCAUUGCAAACUCUGCAAACUAUUCUGCCGUUUGAUUAUCAAAUAAAUCGUAACACUCUGCGCUCUUGAUUUUGAUUCUAAAUCAGACUCCGUCAUAAAAUUAAUAUCAUGAAGUUUCUCGGCCUUUUUCACUAGGCGUAUAUCGAGGGUUACACGCAGCUCCUGGGGAUUUCCACGUAUUGUCGCUUGAACUUGACUAUGACUCAUGUGGAAUUACUGCUACAAGGAAAUUUCCUUGGUCUCAUAAGAGCUGAAGUAUUUGUGGUAGCUGGUUUGAGAUUAGAAUGGUUGGGUGCCGACUUUUACGUCAGAGUCACCAUAGACUUAAGCGGGAUAAAUAAGGUAAGAAAAUACGCUUACCAGACUGGUCCGAAUUUUAACUUUGGAGCAAAGACCGUUCCAGGAUACAGCACAUCUAAAGUAAAUUUAAAUGUAUGUUGAAAAAGAAGUCGACCUUAACGAGGUCAUGUGUCGUCCGUGCCAGCUAAAAGAAGCCGUAGCUAAUCAUUAAACUAAACAUUUCACUGGCGGUGAAAGCUCUAUUGCGUAAACUUGUUAAAACAACAUGCUCUCCAAUGCCACACAACACUUAGACGACCACAUAAAAUUGUCCUUACACUUUAAACUUGGACUCAUUAGGUUUGUUAGUCACAAUUCAAACAGCAAUUACAACAAAACGCUUCUCUAAGACUGACUUGAAUUUCUUCCUUUCAGGCGUUGGAUGAGGCUGCGAAAUCAGUAAGAGCUGCUUUUGAUGUAGCGGAGAAAACAUUAAGUGAUGCAAGAGAAGCUGUUGUCAGAGCCAAAGAGGACUGCAAAAGAAAGAUGCAGCUCAAGUGUGAUAACUGUAAGAGUCUUAAAUGCAAACAGGCGGAGAAUAAUUGUAAAGGUUUCCUCGAUGCUGCUGGAAAAUGGAUCAGCAAAAACAUUUUAGCUCCAGUAAGUGAGACCAUAGGAAUUCAGUUGCCAGUAAGGUCGAUUUGUUCAUAAAGACAAUUAAGCUAUCUAAGGGACAGAUCCAGAAACUUAAGAGAGCCAUACCAUAUACGCUUAUCAUUUCCUGUCUUAUUUCAAGGCAAUAACAGAAUUACGUUAUUGUAAGGGUUGAUCGUUUUUGCGACAUUUUUCCAGCAAUAAAUACCAAAAAAGACGUGAAAAGCAAACAGAUUUGGAAAUAUUUGAGAGGAUAAUUCGGUGGAGAAACUCCUGUAAUAUUCAAGUAAUGAUCGCUUGUGUAAUCAUGUAUCUUCACCGCUGCAAUCAGUCAAACAAAACGUUACAGAAUGUUUUAAACCAAUUUACAGAAUGUUACAGAAUGUUUUAAACCAAUUUUUUAAUAAGCUGUGAGUCCCUCCCAAAAAUAGUUGGGUUGAAAACUAGCUUCUUCGCUAUUAUAAUAAGCCAACAAAUGACCGAAAAAAAAAAGUACAAAGUUGACAUAUAUUGUUUAUUGUGAAUUGUAGCUAUUGAAAACACCUUUGUCGUAGUCUAUACAAUAGAUGUGACCAGCUGAAUAAAAUGGAGAUGGAUUGAAGAUUAUACUUUAAUACUUCAGAUUGGACAAGCCUUCAAGAAAUUUUUCAAAGGCUGGAGAAGGAAGCGCGGUCUUGACAAUCUGCGUAAUGAUAAUUUCGCUCAUCAUCUCCGACGGCGCCGAUUCGUCAGUAAGCUCCUAUGUGAAGGAAUUGUUGGAGGGGGCUGUCAAGGUUAGUGUAAGAACCUUAUAAGUAGUUGAAGUGUGUUAAUUUCCCUUGUACACCAUUGCUUUCGAAUAGUUCUUGUAGCGAGUACCAUAUUUGGAAAAGGUUUAAAAUGAAACUAGCUUAUCAAUCUUGAAUCAUCUCACCGAUUGCACUGAAGCGAUCAAGGGACUUUCAAGUCCGGUGCUUACUAAAACGGAAAUUUUUCGAAAGCUACGAACGCGAGUCACACGUCUCAGCCCGUAAGGGGUUUCUGUUUUAUUUUCGCAUUCGAGAAAAACGCUUUCCUGGCCGUCAUGUGUUUUUUUUAUUUUCAUCGUGUGUUUUAGAAUUGUCUUAAAAAUCUCUUGAACGUGAGCUAAUUGUGCCUAGUCAGUUAAUUAUAACUUUGGUUGAGGCUGAGGAUAGGAUAAUGUACUUUGAAAGAAUCGGGUCGUCUGGAUUUUAAUCUCUUUCUAGUGGCUGGUUUGCUGAUUGAAUUUGUUGUUAAAAUAUUUCUUUCCAUUCCAAUUUUGAUGAACAAAUUUCAAUGUAAUAGAAGACAAUUAAGUGAGAGAACUGUGGUUGGACAGUUUGACGUAAGGCUGAGCAAGACUUCCAUUCUUCCAUGAUAAUGCGCGCGACCCUGAAUAGAAUGCUUUUACUAUUAAUAACUAAACGAUUGUAUUAAAUUGAAGAAGAUUCCGUUUGUUGCUGUCCUGCGAUGCUUUGUUUGGUCUCAAACUACACGUUAACUGUCAUGUUUGAAUUCUUUGUCUCAUUUUAUGUGAUAUACUUUUUUAGGAAUCGCUCAUCUCUGUGAAGGAACAUGCAAGACGGUGGAGGCUAUCGGAAAGGGCUUGUGUAAUGUAUUGGACGUUGCUGUUGGUUUUCUUAAAUUAACGGAAAAGGUAACUGCUUGGGUUGGCCGCGCAGUUCACUUCCUUCUCACCGCAUUCAGAAUAAACAGGUACUUUUUUCUUAUUAUAGGGACAGAAUAAUUGUUCGGCCGGUGUCAGAAGGUGGUGGCAGGUAAGGGGGGCGCGGGGAGGGUGGGUGUUGAAGCUCCAAUGACUUUGAAACCCCAGUUUGUACUUUGGGAUUAUUUGAAAUGUGGUAAUGGCUCAUUGAUGACGAGUGGUACAUUCAAGAUUGUUGCUAAAAUCAGUGGCCUCAUGUUGCAAGAGAUGUCCGUCCUGAUUCUUCUUAGUGGAAGAGAGGAUGCAGCUGGUCAUCCUCUUUGUCACAUGUAAAAGAAGGCCUUCUCUGUAUUGCUUACUUAAGGAAGUUUAACCGGCCUCCUCGCAGGAUAAUGUUGACUCCGCUUCCCUUACCUGCGAAUUCCAGAGGCAAGUAAAGACAUGAGAGCUGCAAAAUAUUAGGCGCCCCACCAAAACCGAUACAUGUAAAAGUGCAAAAGGAACUAGCAUUUGUGGAAAUGAAAGAGAGUCCAGAUCAUCCUUAGUCGGGACAAUUCUCUUUAAUGGUUGUAGUACUACAGCUCACACACAGACGUUAUCCAACUCUACUGGAAAAUAAGACCGAGCCCGCAGUGGCUGCCAUGGAGCUAAGUGUGUGUAUUACAGCCGCAAAAGCUACGAUGACCACAUCGAAAAGAGAUCUUCAAGCUUUUUUUUUACAAGCUGAUAAUAAUUAUCCGAAUCUAGCAUCUACUUGACCAGUAAAACCUCCGGAAUCCAUUCUUUUGUAUUUACCAAGCUAAAAAACUGUUCCUUACUGUAUGAGUCAGUGAAAAAAAUAAUUUAACUGCAAAUAGUAAAAAUCUGUUCAGGUAGGAUAGUGUUUGGUUGAAGGAAAUAUGAUCAUAAUUAUUUGAAAGGGUCUCGAAUCGUUAGGUUGGUUGGGCAUUCUUAAAAGUUGACGAUUGUGCAAUAAUAACCCAAAAUACAUAGAAGAACUACAAAUUGGAUCUGAUCAAGAUGUAGACUGUACGCAAGAAGGGAUGUACCUUUCAUGGGGCCAAGCUCUGGCCCUAAUUCAAUUAAUGAUCUUUAUGUCUGUAAUAUCCGUCGUAUGUAGCUGAAAACCCCUUAAUAAACGUGUAUGGUAUUAAAACUAACUUACAUGCUUGUCAUUGUAUCUAUUCAGCAUCAAGUUCGAAUUUUCCUUGGCAGCCUACGUUCGAGGAAGUUUUGCCGAAUUGAUAUUCAGCACGGGGAUUGACUUGGUGAUAUUUGGAAAAGAGCUCUACCUUUCUCUGGCGUUCAAUCUUCGAGAUCCAGUAGGUAGUGUUAGAGUAGGAGGUGACAAGUCCGUGAACUGGUACAAGGACAAAAUGAACCAGGCGAAUCCCACAGACACUUCAGAGAACUACUACGACAAUCCGAAUCAAUUUGUUGACUUUGAACUCUCAGGUAAAAUGUAGAACAGAGAAACGUUAGCAGAUAAAACGGAAUAUGAUAUCAACAGGAAAUGAUGAGAUAGUUUCGAUUUGGUGAAAAGUCAAUUGCGAUGGCAAUAGGGGCCCUUAUAAAGAAGAGAUUUUUAUUAAAAUUCGCCAAAGGUUUGGCGAAAAGUCAUGUUCAUUGGCAAAAAUGGCCCCAUGAAAAGUGGCGAUUCCAAAGGCCUCUUUUUGCUAUAUAAUGUGAAUAUUUGCCAAGCCCGUAGGGAAAUUCUUCCCUUUUGCCUUUGCAUGCAUUUUUGAACGUAAGUAGAAACGAUACACGUUAAAUGAAGAGUUACUGAGAUAACGUUUGAGUCAGUUAAGUUUUUUUGAAAUAAGAUAACCAAGAGAGUUUACCGCUGUUGGUCUGUGGCUGCAUAUCAACACAGGGCCUCUUUCUGAUUCAAAAUAUUGAUAUUGAAGCAAGCCAGAUAAACGCAAAGCGGCAAAGACCUGUUAGGUGGCUUCAAAUAUUUUUAGAAGUAAAAUAGCAGUGAAUAAGGUGAUACUAAGGUUGAUCAUAGGAUCCAGGACCAUUGCCGACUUAUGCACUCUUUUAUUAUUUCAUUAUAAAGAAUACUUCUUGAUCGAAAAUCAACAGUCAGCGACAGACCACAGAUACGGCCCUUGCCUUUACGUGGACUCAAAAGCAGACGAUGCCCUCAUCAAAGUAACUGGUUGCAAUGAAACGGACGAAAGGCAACGCUGGACGUACACACAAAAAGGACAAAUUAUGGUAGUAGCAGGCCUUUCUAUUUCAAGAGGCUUACGGGAGUUUUAAUUAGAGCUUAACAUAUAUAUACCAUUCAGUAUUAAUUGUUUUAUGUUUUUUUUCGUAUUCCACAUUAUGAUUCCUUAAUUAAUAUCUUGUCAACAGAAAAUAUGUUCUUGACGAGUAAUGGUCUGGCCGGGUCAGUACCUUGCAAAACGAAACCCUAUUACGAUCCUAGUUAGCCCCGUCCGGAUCAUGUAAAAGUUUUCCUAGCCAUCUUUUCUCUCAUACAGAAACUCAAGUUACAUUUUUUUAAUUAAUCCAGGGUAAGAAUAGUAAACAAUCAGUCCACUUGAUUGAAAAAAAAAAACAAUUUUCAGAUGUCUUCCUACAGCCACCGUUUGAAGUUACAGUCCUAAUAAUAACAAAAUUUUGUUGCAUUUUAGAACUCCUACUCAAACUUGUGUAUCGAUACGAGUGGGUAUAAUAGGGGUUCAAGGCUAAAGCAGAGCAGAUGUGAUCCGAGACAAGAUGAUCAGAACUUCCAGUGUGAUUUGGUAGUAAGGUCCAUCAAAAGGAGAAGGUUUAACCAGUGCUGGACAGUAGGUAAGUUAACUUUUUCCAAGAAGCAACAGUUAGUGAAUGAUUAUGGCAUUUUGCAUGGUUAUUUCUUUCAUUUUCCCUCUUGAGACUCAAUACUUCAUUCAGUUUAGCAAGAGCUUAUUUUAAUAAGGUCGCAGACCGAGUAGAGUGGUUUGUUGGGGGCUCGUUUGUUCAAAACUUUUGCCCAGCUGUUCACCAGCAGGAGUGAUUCUUGUUAGGCUCAAACUCAAUACCGAAUGGUUCACACCUUUCUGUUGGGAGUUAUUCUUGUUUCUUUAUUUUUUUUUACUUCAAGUGGUUGAUAGUACACCUAAAAAAAAUCUCGUGAGUCAUGCUAUGAUCUUAACCUUUUUUCCCACCUGGCCUUGGUUGGUUAAAGGCUGGAUAGCCCUAUCCACCGGAUAAAUCUCUGUCCAGUGGAUAGUGCAAUUAGUUUCCUCAAUACUUAUCCGCUGGAUAGUGAUCUAUCUGGUGGAUAGCACUAUCCAAUGUUUGAACAACCGGGCCCUGACCUACAAAACGCACCCUAAAUCGCAUUUUUUAAUGAUUUCAGGUAAAACCAGUGUGAAUGGUCCAGGUUCGUUAGUUCACCUUGGCUCCUUGAAAUGCAUCCAUCCAGUCGGAGGAGGGUACAAAAUACUUGAAGGAAUUAAACUAGUUCUUUAUGCCGAUUGCAGUUCAAGUCGGUAAGUAGAUUACAGUAUACAUGUAACUCAGCGGUUUAGAGCAGUUUUAAGAAAGGCCUCGAUAGAAGCGCCCUGUCCUCCAUAUCUUUGUAAACCAUGAGUAGAAAAGGGAGACAAAUACGCGUGAUAGAAGAAGCAUUUUGCUUCAAAUCAAACACAAAAAAAAUUGUUUUAUUGAGAUUGUCCAUUGUUAUGAAGAAAAGGACGAUAUAUAGCAUUAAAAUGAUAUGAACUAGGGAUAUCGCGUAUGAAUGAAACAAUUGUCCUAUCAGCAAUUCUUGUAGCUGCAAAGAAAAUUUAGACAAAUAACACUGUUUACAAAUAAAGAACUUUCGAGUGGAAGUACAGGAGAAAAGAGUAUGAAGAAGUGAAUUAAGAAAGUCGUUAGGGAAAUAACAGUCGUGAUAAAACUGCUAAGACAAUAACCAGACACUAGAUCCAAAGUGUCGAACAUGAUCAAUUUAUGCCGUUGAAGAUAUAAAGCUUUGAACACCUUUUCCCUUUGCAUUACCAGACUAGAAUUCAAAAUAGAGAACGGUUAUUUAAUGCACACGAAGAGUGGAAAAUGUGUGCGGCCAGAGGGACCAGUCGCUGAAGGUGUUGCACUUGGUUUGUACUCGUCAUGUGGCGGUCAUCAGUUUAGUUUCACUACUGGAGGAUCACUGCAGCACAUGGGAAGCAAAAAAUGCGUCAAUACUCAAUCAGGGGUAAGACAUUGGCUAGAUUCGGUAACCCUCCUAGGUACAUUAGAUUAAAAAGUUUAAUUUAAAUCAAUGAACAAACACUUAAAUGUGCGCAUUAAAAUGGUUAAAUGCUUAAGAGAGUUGUCAACAUUUAUGCUUUCAAAAAACUAGAAGCAUAAAAGCACAUUGCGGGAUAAAAGAGAAAAAUAAAUCGAUGUCAGCAUUAAGUUGAUAUGUUUUCCUUUUUUUCCCCUGGCUUUGUUAUUGCUGAAGGCGAAUAACAUCAGAAUAGUUAACGUUUUCGUGUUUAUAUGAAUGUACUGUGUCCAUUUAGCUUUUAAGUGUUAACGUCAACUAAACUUGAUUUAAGUGAUUUCUUUUCUUUAACCCAACAUUUAAGAUAGCCUCUAUAGAUAGUAACCUCGUGUCCUAUGCACCUAACAGGCUGGCCGGAUAAACGUAUUGUUGUUCUUUGAAUUUUAUUAGGCAAUGUUACCAGCGAACAACGAACAGAUAGUCCUGAGUAGCAAAUGUGAAAAUACUGACUUUUCGGUCUUCAAGCAACACCUGAAAUUUAACUUUAUACCAAGUAAGAUACUGGAACAAACUCUUAGCUUGAAUUAAUGUCGGAAGAAGCUUUCCAACUACUUUAUUGUAACCUUUUCCAGGGACAGUAGCAGUACACUUAGCCCAUAACCUAUUAUUAUCCCCUGGGUAUGUGGAAACGAGUGUGUUCAAAUAGCGUGCAAAAAUGGACCUACAGUUACAGACGCCACCGACUGGUUAACUCAGUUGUUUAAUUCUUUAAGCCUUAAGAUUGAUCAGCAUGAAAUUACUCCUUAUAAUAUCAAUGCCUUAGAAACAAAGUGGUCAUGAGAAUUAAGGACUUGAUGGGAGAAGAAGAAUCUCAUUUUUUAUAUUAAGGUUUUAAGGGUAAAGUACCGGAUUUUGGAGGAUCCAACAAUCUCUGGCUGUGACCACCCUUAGUGUAUAUCUCCAGGCAACAAAUAGGAGUCCUGUUCUGUUGUGUUAGCCUUACCAUGCAAACGUGAUUAUAACGUGAUUGGUCUUUAUGUGAAAUACUCAAUUCCAAAAUGUACAUUUUAAUCAAACUAAAGAACGUGUGUUGAAUGUAAGGAAAAUACAAUAGAAACUGCUUUCUUUUGAGACAUUUUAUACUUUGUGUUGACGCGACUGUCCUGCCGACUUACUGCAUCAGCUCAUAUUUGUGUUUUUUUAAUAUUUAUCCGCAGCCUUUCCUUUCGUACAACUGGACAAGUGCACUCACUUUGACGAUGCAAGACUCGAUCAGAGAUUUGAAGUGGUCGAUGAAACUGCCGCCAGCAUUUGCUCCAAGUUUUACAAAAGUAAUUCCUCAUAAUAAUGUAUCAUAAUUCGUACAUUCGGCGUUGCACAAAAAACGAUAACAUUGCUUUCAUCCACUGACCAUUUAACACUGAAAAGAGAGUUAACUUAUUUUUUCACGAAACAAUUUCACGUUACAAAUUUAACAUUCACAAGUUACUUUGCAAUAAAAAUUCGUUUCGCAUUUGUUUCUAAUCCCUGUCCUCUCCUCUUGUUGUUGAAGGGUGCUUCCCUAUAAAAAUACCGGGGACAAUCUUCGCACCUUGACAUUUGUGGAAUGGUACCAUUUAUGAUGUUUUAGUCUAAAAAGACCACCAUUAGGACUGCCAUGGUACCUUUUACGAGCCAUCAAACGUGUCAAGGCACUCACCAGUGAGAUCUCUUUGUUACUUGACCGGUUUUAAGUGAAUCUGAGCCACGAUCCCAAAGCUACCUUGUAUACGGUAUAUUCCUACGACCCAACAGAUUUCGUGUGUUCAAAGUUGUUUACAUAGGGUAUUGUUGAAAGCGCUGAAAGGUAACGGCACCGUGGCUUGUGAAUUUAAGUCCUCCACCAAUGUGGCACUGUUUCGUGACCCACAGGCAAACCCUUGGUUCUUUUAACUUCCUUUUCCCACUGCAUUCUGUUUUCCUCAUCCUCGGGUGUAGACUUACGAGCACAAAUUAAGAGUUAUAAAAAGCUCUUAGAAGUUUUUUUCAGGUAAAAGGAAGAAACUGGCAAAAAAUAUAUAAUGUAAUUCUAUAUUUAAAUUUUUUAGUGUGUUAGUGAGAAUUUUUUUAUACCAUUUACAGAUCUUGCUUUAGGGAAGACAACAGAGCAAUCCAGUACUGAUUUCAACGGAUUUAGCAGAAGGGCUGUAGAUGAAAACUUAGGCCCUUUUUCUAACAGUAAAUCCUGCACGCACACCAAGAAAGAACAGAAUCCAUGGUGGAGGGUUGACCUUGGAAGGGAGUACAUUGUCACAGGUACGUGAAGAAAAUCAAAAAAUUAUAUUUCUAUGGUUAGAUUUGGCCAGGUGACAGACUGGCCAAGGGACCAGUUACUGUUUUCAUGAUCACUUUCCUGCUAUUAAAAGGGAACGAAUGGGGCUCUCCGCUCCCAUAUGAGGUCAGUAACCCAAUCCCACUAUCCUAGUCCCUACUAUCAGGCCCACUUGACCGGCCCUUUGGAAAAACCAGUGUUGUUUCCAUUCAACCUCAUAAGAAAGGUUAUGAGAGUUCGACGGGGAAUGAACCCGCUAACUCCAGGUCAUCUGCCAGUUUUGGUGGUUUUCAACUGUGCGUGUUGAAACACCACUACAAGAACAUUUCAAUGAGUGCCAGCACUUUGAGUGACUGCUUUUCUGUCUUGCAGAUGUGCAGAUCGUAAAUCGUUAUAAACAUUAUGAGAGACUCAAGAAUUUUGAAGUAAGGGUUGGUGCAAACAAGAAUAACUUGCAGAAUCCCACAUGUUCGGACCGUGUUCGGUCUGUUGGCCAAGGAGCUCCUGUGACUCUUCAGUGUGCCCCGCCAAUCCCAGGGCGAUAUGUGUCGGUACAGAUGUUUGGUGAAGGAAUUUUGUCAAUGUGUGAUGUAAUGGUUUACUCUAGAGUAGGUGAGUGACAGCUAAAUUUCCAAGUGCCUCUUUUCUAUUUAUUUGUUUUACCGUAUGGCACGAAAUUUUUGCGAUUUUUGUAAUUUUUCCAGUGAUCCGCAAAAAUAAGUUCCCGCAAAUAAAAAUUACCGGGGACAUUUUUUUCCCGCAAAAAUUUACUCCAGAGUAAAUUCAGUAUACAAAAAUACAGUAGUAAGAAAUCGUGUCUGUUCAAUUACAACUUGUGUCUGAUCUUUCGUUCAGAAUCAAAGCGGUAUACAAUGAAAUACUGGUCGUAGAGUACGUAUAAAUCUCCAGAGAGUGAUAUACAUGAAAGCAACAUAUAAGGGAUUGUAACCUGAAACGUUCGAAACUGUAGUUAUGCUUUCAGUCAUACUCUUUUGAAUAGUCUCAGCAGGAUAUAUUCUCAUACAAGGUUCCACUGGAUUACAGAAGUAUGAAAUCUACCAUUCUCAGUACACGAACUUUAUCCUUAAGUCCGCCAUGUUGGAUGACGUCACUGGCAUUUAGGAGCGCCAUUUAAAUAUGUAUGCCACCCAGACGACAUAACAAGCUAUCUAUUUAGGGUAGAAACUUUUCAAAAAAUGGUUUCGUAACGAAAACGCUGGGGGGGGAUUACCACAGUGCGGUUGACUUUGUAUAGUCGUCCGAGGGUUAAUAUACAGUCGAAUCUACGCCUAAAGGAUAACUUCCGUAAGUAGACAUUUACAUGGUUCUAGCAAAAUAGACAACAGAAGCUGCCUUUUUAACGCUUUAAGCCCAAGGAUGUUCGCUUACGGAAGAUACAACUGCAUAAUUCAUUAGCUAGACGUGCAAUCUCCUUCUUUGACGGUGACGAUAGCUCAGACUCAAUUCGUAUGCUUCCCCUUGAUACAGGUUCCUUAGCUGAUCUGUGCCAACUUGAUAAUGGCGGUUGUGAACAGGUUUGUUAUAACCUGUGUAACCUGAAAGUCCAAUGUGGUUGUUGGCCUGGCUAUACUCUCGCCUAUGAUGGCAAAACGUGUAUUGGUGAGUGGCAAUCUGCUUAGACGCUAUCUUUGUCUACUUUCGUUGCCGAUAAAAACCUUCUCAAAAGAAAGCGAUCUCAAAAAAAAUUUAAAAAGCGACCUCUUUUAUUUCAAAUAUUUGUCUUGUCUCUUCCCCAUAAUCUUCGUUUCCCUCUGUUUUGUUAUGCUUAGCGAUGGGACAGCAAAUAUUACAUUUUUUCUGCCCAGUAUGUCGUAAAACAAUCCAGUCAUAAUAGUUUAAAAGCAGUGGAGAACUAGGGAUUUCUUACUUGCUGUACUAACCACAGAUUUCUCAUUUUCAUUUAGACAAAGAUGAAUGCAAAGUUAACAAUGGCGGCUGCGAUUACGCACGCGGCAUGUGCAUCAAUACUCCAGGAAGUUUUCACUGCGCAUGUAAUCAGGGUUAUGAACUUAAAGAGAACAGUGAAUUCGAGUGUGAAGGUAAGAAAUGGUAGAAAGAGGGAGAAAACACGUUAGGGGAAAGACUCCAUUAGAAACUAGGGCAAGAUUGGAACAUGUUAUAACUAACGAGCAACAUUUUGAGUAAACAUAUUUGGAAAGAUAGGGAUUAAAAUGACAUUUUUAACCAAAAAAAAUGAUAAACGCUAAAUGCAAAGCAGUCACAAUGGUUAACUCAAUAACUAGCAGACAAGAGACUGGUGAGAUUCAAGUUAUUAGUCGUAUAUUUUAGCUUAGUUUCAGUAAAUGUGUACACUAACUAUCUGCCAAUGGUUAUUUUAUGACUGAUUUGUUAACAUUGUAUUUAGACAACCCUACUCCGGUAUUGUGCAGGGAAUUUUACACUGGUAUAUUACACAACCACUAAAAUUAUGAAUGAGUACCCUCUUACUAGUCAAACAACAUUCGAAACUAAUGAUUUUUAUACCCAUUUCCUUUGAAAGAUUUUAACGAAUGUAACCUGAAUAACGCCGGAUGUGAACACGUGUGUAAUAACACUGGAGGAAGUUUCAACUGUGAUUGUAGAUCCGGCUUUCAGCUUAAGGCGGACAAGAGAGGCUGUGAAGGUAAGAUCGAAAUACUGCACACUCCUUGGUCAGGCGUUAUAGUGCAGUAAUGACUACUUUGUGUCCUGAGAGUCUCUUGUUGUCGCCCCUUUGUACCGUAUCUUGUUUCCUAAUGCGAACAUUUGGAAAUAAAGUAUUUCAGUUUGCUACCUAACUUCAAAAGAAUUUGAGCAAUUGAAAGCGACAAUUUCUAAGUGGCCUUACCGUCCUUUCGACACAUUUUAGCUCUCAAGCAGUGUUCAGUAGUGAUAUGCUGGCUAUCAAAUAAGCAAACUCCUCAAAGUAACUUUUCUCGCGCGCUUUGACAUUUUGAACCGUGACGAUCUUAUAAGUAAUGAUUUCUAAGCUAAUUACCGGGUUUUGAAUCUUCACUAAGACAUCAACGAAUGUGCCAAAGCAGAUAAAGGCGGCUGUGAACACAAAUGUACCAACUACGAAGGUGGAUAUUACUGCUCCUGUAAUGCCGGAUAUCGACUCAUGGAAGAUGGCAAAGGAUGUGAAGGUACAGUACUCGACAGACAGGACCUUUGUAGCUGAAGCUUUAUCGAGUUGUUAGUAGUACAGUGGGGAUGAAAUUGCUCUCUUUUUACCGCUGAAAUAUCAUUAGUUUUUCUUUAACAUGAAAGACGCCAUUAGCUACUGACUGCGUAAAAAUCCUUGAAUGUUUUCUUUGACGAUGAUCAUAAGUCUAAUUAAACGCUUGCAAAAUCCUUUGCCACUUAAAAUCAGUGAAUCGAUUUGGCGUAAGUUUAAUUCAUGACCCCAUAAGGUCACUGACGUUAAUGAAAAGAGACUCCUUCUAAUUUUUUCAGACGUCACCGCAAUUUAAUAAGAUUCCAUCGUUAAAAAGGAGGACAUUUUCAACCGUUCUGUACUUUUACUUGUCACCCCGAAGCCGUACAAAGCCUCUCUUGUCUCCUCUUUUCUUUUCUUUUACACCCCAGUCUUCAAAGAUUUGUCCUUGAACGCAAAGCACGGGUUACAAAAUAAGACUAAGGGAAGCUCAUUUAUCCCUGUUAAAUGAUGAAACGCCCUCACGUGUAAAAGACGUAAAACGUUCAUUAGGGCGUUGUGUAAAGAAAAAAUUGCAGAAGUCUGGCAUUUUUAAUUUGGUUGACAGGUUUUGCACGUUUAUUUUUAAUUUGAAUAAUCAUACUUUUGGCCUUUUAGAGAUUUACUGUCCCGCUCUGGAAGUUCCUUUCCGUGGCCUCGUCGCCCCUGCAAGCUGUACUGACGACAGAGCAAGCAUCCGACGUAACACUGUCUGUUCAUAUGGUUGCGAGUCUGGACAUUACAUUGCAGGCGGGGAUAACUCACUUGUCUGUCAAAUCAACGGACUUUGGAAUGGAAAUGUACCUUAUUGUAAACGUAAGUGUCUCUGUUAUAACUUGUAUACACAUGGGACCAUGAUUUAUAGCAGUGAAAUACAAGUGAUCUGCUAUGAGUUAAAUUCAAAGUCGAUGGUUAAAGGGAUACAAGGCUCUUUGACCUUUUGCACGGACUUAUUUUACUGUGUCAGGAGCGCCCUUCUAUCAGAGAACUUUAGAUUUACAGGCGAAAACGACUUUUUAAAAACGUAUUCUCAAAAAACGACUCCCCAGGAAGUUUUGAUGUACUUUUUUUCCAUCAAAAACGUUAGCACUGUUAUCGUUAUUGAAGAAGGUUAAGCCCUCUCCUGAUGACAAAGUGAUAAAACUUCUAACACUUGAUAAUUUGUUUUCACCACUGCGACAUGCUGGCAAAAACUCGUAGUGGAAUGACGUCAGCUAUCACGUUUUCCCGCCAAAAUGACGCUGGCUCACGCCCAAGCAACUGCUCACUAUUGAGAAUAUCUCCUACUCGUAGUGGUCCUCGUCUCACAAUCUAAAUGUCUCUAUUUCCAUAAAUGCAGCAGUUUGUAAUCUUACGUUGCUAUAUGCAGUGGAAAGUUAAUGAGAAGGAAUAAUUCUUUGGAUCUAUAAUACACUUCUUGUAGCAGGCUAAGGCUAGGUAUAAAAUAAUAUUUCCUGUCACUAUUCUCUUAUCAGCGGUUGUUUGUCCCAAGUUAUCCGUUCCUAACCACGGAGGAGUGGUUCCCUCAUCUUGCUCCAAAAAGGACGUUGAGUACGGCACACGGUGCGUCUUCUAUUGUGAUAAUGGAUAUGCAUUGAGUGGACCUAGGUACACCGCAUGUCAGAACGACACAAACUGGAGCGAGAAAGCGCCACUGUCUUGCGUGAGGGGUAAGAACAAAUUCUUUAUUUGCCUGCGAUUCCGAAAAAAAUACUUCAUCGUUGCAAAUACUAUCACCUGAUCUGUGGCAGUAUCAUUAUCAUAGCUGUUAGUUGCAUUGCAAUUUUUUUUCGUGAUACCUAUUUCUAAGACUUGUCUAUUUCUUUCAACUUUCCAGUGUACACGGAUCCCUGGAUCGUGUGCCCAAUGGACAGAGUAGAGGAACUUCAGCCAGACGCUUCAACUGUGGUCCUUGGGUUCAAGUGGCAGCUUCCACGAUCUAACCUGAAAAAUGUAUCGGUGUCUCCUAGCAACUUCAAUGCGAAUUAUGCCUUUCCUGUUGGAAGACACCGUAUCACGUGGACGGGAAUCAGUGACAAAGGAACACAAAAGAGUUGCAGCUUCUAUGUCAUUGUAAAUGGUGAGGACGACGAUUGAAAGUAUUUGUUGCCUGUUUCUUUUGGUAUAGGAAUUUAGGCCUGAUUAGGAAAAUCUUUCGAAUAACUUCUACCAUCGAUACGAUACUUAAUUUGAAACACCUUUAGAAGUACUCAAGUCUCUCGGACGGGCUACAUCUCUUUUAUAUCAUUAUCUGUGAUUACGGCAUCUGUUUCUUUACCUAGAUGUGAUUCCUCCCUCGGUCAAGAACUGCCCUUCAAGCAUCACCGAACGCACCAAUUCACUACAGAAGAACAUUACAUGGACACCACCAACAUUUACGGACAACGUGGACGUGGUGAGCGUACUGUCUAAUCGCCAGCCUGGAUUCACCAUGAAUACUUACACGUCAUUAACAGUAAAAUACACGGCUUUAGAUGCUGCUGGAAACUUUGGGUACUGCACAUUCAACAUCACGCUAGAAGGUACACCGGUAACCCCGGCUUACUGUCAGAGCUAUCAAAUACCGACCUGCUCAACACUUAAAUAUACUUGUAUAACAUGCCAAUGAAGGGUUUAUUUGAAAAUAUGAUUAGCUUUUGGGAUUGUCUUCUAGGUCAUCACAAGGUUGGCCUUGCAAUGUUCUGUGUUCUAGAAAAGGAAGGAGGAGGGCGCAUAUGCUCCGUUUAUCGUACCCACUGUUGCUUUACUAAGCCGAAAUAGCGCCGCAUAUUUUACUAUGCCUCUUUUUUUUUCCUUUGUUCGUAUUCUAUUGCAGGAACAAAGUGCCCCGUAAUACCAAAUCCAAAGAACGGUAUAGCGUCACAGUUUGGCUUUUUCCUGCAGUUGAGGUGUAAUUCUGGUUACUUCUUUAACCCACAACCACCGGGAUAUACGGGCUUGUUUGUGAAUCCAUCUUAUAGAUGUCAAGAUAAUAAAUGGACUGCUAUGUUUUCUCCAAACGCAGUUUUGUCCGGAAAAUUGGAUUGUAUGAGUAAGUUACUGUUUGGAUAUUGUUUAUAAUUGACGGGCUUUGACGUUUUCUUACGCACUGAUGGAGGGUAGGCCUGGGUGUAGGAAUAAGGCCUAAGUGGAAAGUUUAUUUAAAUGAUCUUACUGAUUUAAGACUUAUUGGCUUUCCAAAUAAAGACAAAUUAAAAGUGGCUGUCAUUUGGACACGUAAAGGCAGCUCUUUCGCCGAAUACAAAGUCACUACAAGCAUUCCGUGUCACCUAAAUCUUAUUUGUUGUCAAUUUGAUCACUUAGCCGCCAUAGUAACGGUGCUAGUAGUAUAAAGGCGACGUUUUAAUCCCCUUUUUUGCGAAUGAUUCGUAUCAGGGAAAUGUUUCAGCAAGUCUGAACAUCGGUCAAAACAGUGUAGUUUGGUUAAAAAAAAUUUAAGCUUAUGUCCUACAGAAAACCUCUGCAUUUGAAUGCUUCCUUUUCAGAGUACAUUCUUUACAAUGGUGCUCGUUGCCCAGCUGGUUCAAUUGCUGUGGAUAAUCAAGUUUGUCGUAAGUAAAUCUUAAUUAUAUUCCCAUAAAGAUCGACGCAAAUACCCUCUGGCGUGCGAUUAUAUAUAGCUGAUUCAGUAAAGGUUGCUAUGGGCAUCUCAAUGCAAAUCAUUGCAUUGUUCGGUAAGGCCAAAUGCACAAAUACCCAAUUGCCAAUGCCAAACGCCUAAAGCAACCUUUAUUAUAAGCUAUAUACUUUGGUGAUGAGUUGUGGUUUCUUUUUUUUUUAGUAAAUUGUCCUCCUGCAACGUACAGCGACAGCUUGACUAACACGUGCAAGGACUGCAACGUUGGGUUCUAUCAAGACCAGGAAGGGAAACCAGAAUGCCAACCAUGCCCAAAGAACCACUCCACUGCCGUUACCGGAUCCAAAACCAUCUCUGACUGUCAACGUAAAAAAAUUGCCUGGAAUUUCUAGUGUAUAUCCUAUUUAUUAAUAUAAUCUAUUUUGUCAGCUAUUAAUAAAGAUGGAUUUUUUUAUUGUGUUAUAGCUAUAUGUCUAGCAGGAACCUACUCCACAAACAAUGGUGUUAGUCCUUGUAGGAAAUGCCCUAUUGAUACCUACCAAGAUACUGAACAAAUGACCAGCUGUAAAGCAUGUCCUGCUGGAACCGACACCAAAUACGAAGGCAGUACUUCCAUUGACGACUGUGAGGGUGAGUAAAUGGGGUCAGGAAUAACAAACUGUGAAUAAAUAGGUGAACAUUGAGGGAUCUAGGGUCGGGACCAGAUAUAGACAUCCCAAUCUAUUAAACAAAGGUCAUUCUACAGAAAGCUAUGGGUCCGUAAGCAAAUAUCGUUCAUGAUUAUCAAGAAGCCCGGGUCUACCAAAUCCGAAUUAAUGUCUCUGUUCCUUCGCGAUGCAUGUCAAACACAGUGACUAAAGUAUAAAAACAAAUAAUGACAAAUUGGCGUUAAUUGGGGAGCACUACCUUGCGCUAGGUUAGCCUGUGCGACUUCCGGCGAUGGCGUGAUCAAAGAACCUCACUUAUCUUCCCAGCACUACGAGCUGAAUGCAAUACAGCACGUGCCGGAUCGGACAAGAGUAUCGGUUUGCAGGCGAUAUUAAACGGCAACGCGGCCAACAAGCUUAGGGGAAGUCGCUGCGCAGACUUAACCGCACCGCCAAGGGGUGUCCCUAGUUUAUUUGAUGGCCUAGCACAAAACAAAGCCCAAACCUCAUCUCCAAAGGGAGGGAGGGAAAAAUUUUACAAGAACAAUAUACUGAGCGCUAACCUUGCUGAAUAACAGAACCCAAGUGAACUCUGAACACUUGUUCUAGGCUUUUAUAGCUAGACAAACGUCUGCUGGCAUAGCCAGUAGAAAAGGCUGUACUACAAGACAGCUCAGCGUUGCACGUGCGAACUCUUAGCCAUGAAUAGUGCAUUGAAAAAGUUGUAGCAAUGCUUGGCUUUGGUCACCGAAAAAAGCUAGAACUUUGUCUGUUACAGAUCGCCCUGCAUGGUCUCAAGACACGCUCGCUUAGCAUUUGCUUUUAUUCCACCCACGUUUAACUUUAAAUAUCUUCCUUUUUGCUCUAUUUUAUAUGUAUCACUUAGUUGCCUUAUUCUUGCUUCAGGUUUUUAUCUUUCUUCCAAAAGACUGAGAGGUCGUUUCUCAGUAGAUCUAUCGUCUCUUGGUACUUUUCAGGCCCCCUUAGUAUCACCGAAAUGGUACCCGAUUCUGACUUCACAGUGACCGAGGAUGAAACCAUCUCCAUCUUAUGCAACGUUGAAGGAAGCCCUACACCGACCGCUGCCUGGAGCAAAAAAGGCGGUAAGCAUUUGCAUUUAAGAGCUUCAAACUCACGAGCACUUGUAAAGCUUCCCGUCACUAACUUGCCAUUCUAAAAUUUUAGGCCUACUCCCCCAGAACCGAGUUACAAUUAAACACAUAUAUGACCUGGAUGCUAAGCUGUCGGGUGUUGAGCUAAUAAUCUAUGAAGCUGUUGCUAGUGAUGCAGGGACUUACGAGUGUAAAGCUACCAAUCCAUUCGGCACGGUUACUAAGCAAAUCGAGGUUGAUGUUUUGGCUGGUACACCAGGCAGCGGGGAGGAAGGUAAACAUUAAAUUGAAAAUUUGGAGACUGUUUUUCAAACAUACUCUCAUGCUAUUUACUUGUAGUAAUAGAAGUAGUAGAGAAUACGUCUUAGUGAGAUAAAUCCCACCUCUUGUACCUUAGGAACUUUUUUUACUUAGUUUCAGCCGUCACUCAAAGUCGACAAAUAUGUCAUGAGAUAUUAGAGAGAUUUAGACUCUCGUUUAGGCAGCCAACGGCAAACUUGAAUUUGUGCCACGUGACCAAGUUUUUUUCCCUUUACUUGUCUUUAACUGUUUCUUACUUCUACAUAAAAAUAAGUACUUUCACGUUAUUUUCAUCCAUUAAAAUUAUUUUAGACUCUUCUCAUCUCUUUCUUUUCUUCCGUAAAAUUCCGCAAAUGAGCCCUGGGGCUUAUAUGUUUCAAAGGCCCUUUUUGAGGGGCUUGUUUUUGGAGGGGCUUAUCUACGGAGGGCAAUUUGCGUUUCAAAAUCGAUAGGGCUAGCCUUAAAGUUGGAAGUAAAUUUAAAGCUUUUGCUUUGUUUUACUUUUUAUUUGAGGGUAAUUUUCCAAGUACAACCCCCGGGGGCUUAUAUUUGGAGGGGCGAUUUAACGGAGGGUUUUCUGCGUUACCGGUUUGGGGGGCUUAUAUUUGGAGGUGCUUAUACAUGGAGGGGCUUAUUUUCGAAAUUUUACGGUAUUUUGAGAAUUCUAAGCUUGGGUCUGCCGUUUUCCGUUUGCCGUAAACCUGACUCUCUAUUAAAUCUCUCUAUUAAGCAAUGUCUAACAAAAACAAAAAUUACAUAAGUCACAUUGGGGUCGUUUAUUUUGACCAUAGAGAAUGUUACUGUUAUGGUAAUAUUUGUUCCAAAGUAUCAAAGAGUUAAACAGCAGUAUGCUUCUAGUUUCUGAAAAAAGGUGCGCGUAUCCCUUAAAAGUUUUUUCCCCUUAGGCAACCGCUUGCAUCCACUUUUUCCGGAUGUACGUCACCAUUUAUGCAAACUGCUUUCAUCUACGAUAAAUCGCUUAUAAGAUGCAAGAAGAGAACCUAACCUAAAAAGAAUAGCCUACGAGCAAGCACUCUGGGGGGCUACUUUACGCAUCCCGCAGCGAGUUAUACUAUUUUUGCGUUCCUCAUUGUUUCAGAUAACUAAAGUUUGAAGAGGACAAGACAGAGGACAUAAUCAUAAGAUUGCCAGAACGCAGUGGUGCUUAUUUCCUUUUCUCAUUUAAGCUGUAAUUGCAAAGAUGAUAGCAGCUUAUAAUAAACAAAUAUAAGAAAAAAAACCUUGCUGGCUGUUCUCGAGUUUUUAUAUAUUCUCCCUCUUCACGAUUUCCAAACAACUUCCUCCCGUUACCAUUAAACAUAGAUCUUUAUUGGCAGUUUAAGUAAGGAGAUAUUUUUAUAUGGCACAUAGCGUCACCACAGUCCAUAGCGGACAUCCGUAUAGAAAUUACAUAAAUUGUCACGCACAUGUAUGAAUUCACCCGUUAAAAUUUUAAAUAACUGAAGAUGCGAUUGGCGUCGAAGAAGUACUUGAGGACUCAUGCAUGACAAAGCCACAAGGCUCGAAUUUCAUGUUGUUACUAGUCAUGGUGCUACGCGCCUGCUUCCUUAGGGUAACACCUGCCAAAAACAAAAAACAAAUACUAAACUAAAAAGGUUUAACCUGUCUGGCCUUUUUUGAUAACCAUGCCCAAACUCCACUGCAUGCUUGUGUACUUUCAGUUUUUCGUGCUUUCUUUCUUUCUUUUAUUUUUUGCAUACAUCUAGUAUCCAGUUGCACAGCGUUAGCUACUUGCCUAUAGUCUUAUCUCUGUUUUCUGAACCGUUGGUGGUAGCUGUCAAUAUACAGUACCAAUAAACCUGUAAUUUAUCGCAAUUGCUAUUUGCACCAGUGACGCCACUAUUAUCAUACAUUAAUGCUAAGACUAUCAAGAAAUCAUUUCCUUCGUUUUGAAGCUCCAAUUAAUUGUAUUGGGACAGACACACAUUUAAGAUGCCUCCGAAGCAGAUGAUGUAGCUAUUAUAAAUAAUAAACGCGUUUUGCCGCACCUAAACUCAUUUUGCUCACCUUAUUGGUCAGUCUGUAAAAUCGGAUUUUUUUGUGGCCAUUUAUUUAUUGUUUACCCAUUUAUCGCUUUAGUCCAAAUCUUUACAUAUACUACGUCCUUUUAUUGAAAUUCAGCAGGCAGUUGAGUUGAAAAAGUUUUAAAAAUUGAAAACUCCAUCAGUUAAGUUAGUACUUUAAGAAGACCAAAACAUAACAUCCAAGGAGGAAUCGAAGUUAUCUGAUUUCAAGAUGUAUUUUCUCGUUGCGUCUAUUUGCGCCUUGUCUGCGCUGCAUUCUACAGACGCAUUUUGCGAACGUAAGUACAAAAUGCCAUACUGGGUACCCAAGUCGUUAGUGCAGAGAGCUGCCGAGUCCGACAUUGUCAUUUAUGCCAACGUUACCGAAAGUCCAUGCUUGAAACCGACCUUCAUCUACCAACAGACUACAGCAGCUCCGACCGUUGCUAACGCGACUAAUUCAUCAAGCAGUUUUCAAAAACUGAAGGCUGGUGCCGACAACCCAGAGUUAAACACGACUGAUGUCUGUGUCAUUGGCGGGCUGUACAAUGUAUCGGUUUUAGUCCACUGUGUAAUCAAAGGAGGUCCUGUACCUCGAGUGGUGCAUUUACGAGCUGUGGGUAUUGGGCCUGGGAUGUGCGCAUAUAGGAGCUCCAUGUACUAUUUCACUGAGACUGUCCACUCCUUUCAUGUUUACAAAGGAAAGAAUUACGUUAUCUUCUUGGGACGGUAAGUUUUAAUUUUCUCUGUCAUUGCAGUAUUCAUUCUGCUUAUAUUCCUCUUUCGUUCAUAUUUACACUCUCCCUUUGUUUAAACAAGGGGGUGAUCGUACGAAAGUUGACAAAGUUGGCUACCCUUUCAAUGUGAAGAGUUAUGUCUGCAACUAUACAGUUCAUUGUGCAUUUAGGUUUCGGCAAAGUUUUAUCGAUAGAUUCUUCAAACGACGAAAAGAAAGCAGUAAUGCAAGGUGAUUAAUAUGGAUCAUUUUGUAUUUUAUGCAGUGCCUUGCACGUACGAACUCUAAUUUGACACUCCAUAUGAUAUAAAACUGAUCCUCUCAUGAGCAGACUUCUUAUUUCUAAAGAAUUGCGGAAUUUUGAAAAUUGAAGAAAGUUUUAAAAAGAUAAGUUAAGAGUUGGAAAAUGGUUGAAAAGCACAUUUAAACAGGUACUUUAUCACUUGCUUAUCUUCCACCUGUUAUAUCAUGAAUUAUUUAGUAAAUCGGUUUUUAAGUGGUUAUAUUUACUUUUCAAGUCUUUCAGUUUGCAAUACGUGUCGCACUUGCAGUUACUAUUGAAGUUUCCGUCCUGUCACGAUAUUGGAUGUGAUUUCAGUUUGUCUGAGAAUGAAAUUUAAAAAAAAUCAUGGACCCUUUUUAUUGUGACAAUGUUAAUGGAAACGUUGCAAAACGACUAAGGGUAGGUUUUACAUGUAAAGAGAUAACACUAUCAUCCAAUUUCUCCGAACAAUUGUAAAAAUACAAUUGUUUGAUAAAGCUCACUAUUCGUGAUCUUUGCAAAGUCAUUUCAGAAAUAUUUUCAGCUACAAACAGUUGUAAACGCCGCCAACCAGUUUACAAUAGUCUCUCGUCUCUGAGUUGCCUUCAUGGCGUCGUUUUCAAUGUGGGGCAAUUAUAUACUUUGCUCUGUACUGGAAGUGAUAUUUUACAUGAUUUAAAACUGUCAAAGGAUGAUCUGUAGAAGGGAAUACACUUUCAAAUUAUUUCAAAAGGUCAAAAACUUGUAAAGAAGCCAAUUAAAGUUCUAGAAAGAUUUCUUCACACUUAAUUAGACAAGUUGACACCCCCCUAUCUCUUCAACCUUAUACUAUGUGUGUUUCAUUCAUUAAAAUUCUUUUGUCACGUAGACAUGAAGGAGGUAGCGAUUCUGACGGAUUCUGGCCACACCACGUUAACAUGCAGUUCGCAGCAGUGGAGAUCAUAAACGAGAGGAUACUUCAAUCUGUAUUUGCUGUGGCUGGUGGGCAUGCUCAUUAUCCCACUGGAGUGCUGGCCAACGAAACCCACAGCAUCUGUACACCCUAUACUGCUGGCGCAAGAAAUAUUCGUCUUACCUCGGUCACUCUAGCGGUGGUGCUUUUAAGCGUGUUAAUGUUAAUGUGA